CAUGAUACGAUUUUAUCAACUGCACAGGUCGGAAUAUUUCUAGCAGUCAAGCGGGUUGCGAGGUAAGAAAAAAAGCCUUGGCUGGUUGGUUUUAAAUGGUGCGAUAAAGUGGAUUACCUUCAGGUGCCACUAGAUGCCACUGAAUGUUGCGGAAUCAUUUUAAACUAUGGUUUGUGCGUCUGCUGACCCGCCUGGCAACGUUUACACUAGUAAUCACCGCGAAGUUUCAAGUGCCUUGUAAUUUAUGAUGUGUUUAUACAUUCCUGUAGCUGAAGGACAAUUUAAUGGUAAUCCCUGGUUGUGUUCCUAACAAUUUCUUGAAAUAGAUGUCCUGAGAGACCGAAUUUAGAAUCAUAUUUCCUAUUGUUUGUAUGGUGGAAAAAUGCUUUGAAGCAAGUUUUUCUGCUAAAAAUAUAUGGUACUGUAGGCAUAUAGCCUCAAUGAAGAUGAUUUAUUAUGAUUUAUUGUACGCAGCAUGGAUUUCCAUAACUGCAUGAAUAUGCGCACUAUUAAUGCUUAAUUUUGAAUAUAAUAUCUACAUUGCCCGGUUAUACCAAGAAGACACUUUUUAAAUAGCACCCUACCAGUCUGCUGUUCAAAUUUAUAGCAUAGAAGUUCUUCUUUGUGGAUAUGGUAGUGUUAUUGGUGCAAACAAAAUAAGAUAAAUAUAAAUCAUUUUUGUUAAUUGUGCUGCCGAUAAGGAUUACAAUCCUUUCUGCCACUCACUGGAAAUUAUUAGCUGCCAUUCCUCUGAGGCAACUUGCAGUAGACAUUACUAAUGAGAUGGUAAGUCAUUUACAGUGACACGAGGCGUAGGUUUGAGUUUUGUCCAGUAUUCAAUUCGUGUUUAAAUUGUUUUUGUUUUUUGUUUUUUGUACUGUUGAAAUGAUAGCGAUACUAUACUUAGUUAUAUUAACUAACUAUCUUAGUUCGUUUUCCAUUUGUAUGGGUCAGAAGUUAAAUAUCGAAGAUUGUGAUCUAAUUUCAACAUUUUUUGGAGAAUUUUGUGAUGUAACCUGCCUGCUAGUGACUAGGAUUUUUCCUUGGAUCAAAGUGGAAAUUGUAGGCUUUUAGAGGCAACGACCUCUACUAAGCAUUAAAUGUUUACUACUCUAGAGGGAAUCGCAAGAAUAAUAGACAACCAUUUGCAUCGUUCCGAUCUUCUCAAAAACCAGAUGGAUCGCACUGCAUUUUAAUUUCUUUCCUUUACGGUUUCAUGUAUCAAAUGAUGUUGCAAUUAAAAUUAACAACGCGGAACCAUUUCUAUAUUGUCAAAUCGUAAAGGAGAAAACCGAUACGACCGAUUCGGGCUUUCUGUAUCACCUGAGCUUUCUGCUCAUAAAAGUGCAAUAAUGCUUUGCUUUUUCUUAUUUUAGUUUAGUUGAUAAUUAAUUUUGUAGCUGUCAUUUACAGUUAAUUGUUUUACGCUUGUAUCUGACUAUUAGCUUCGGAUGGUUUCCUUCCUUUAUAAAGUGAACAUAUAGUAUGCCUCUUCAGUGAAUAGCCUGUAUGGCAGCACGGGAUGCGCCUGUAGAGUCGAGCGAAGCCGUAGCCUAUACUUCACUACCUUUGUCACGACCAUGUGGGUUCAUUAGCCAACUCCGAGUCUCCCCCUACCCCGUUUACGGGCUUAAGGGAGGAGCGGCUCUUUGCCCCCCUACCUCGCGCACAAAUACAAAUUCAUCUCCACUCACGUCGUCCUUGCUUUUUAUUGUCUAAACCUCCGUAUGAAUAUCUCACCCAUGUGAAACGGAAUCACGCUUUGCGGGAUAGCCUACCAGAUGGUAUUUUCAUAGAAUUUUUGAAUUCAUCCAUUCAAUGCUUCUAGUCUGCGAUUUAGGCUACGAAGCAUAGGCUUUUUAUAUAGCCUAUCUACCAUUUGAAUACAAUGGGGAUUCGGAAUUUUACCCUCUACUUUGUUGGCACUGCCUGCUUGUUAAACGUCUCCCUGCAAGGGGAGCAUCAGCGGAGAUUGUACAGAGACCUGAUGACAAAUUACAACCCGCUGGAGAGGCCCGUGUUCAAUGACUCCCAUUCCCUUACCGUCAACUUCAGUUUCAGCCUAAUGCAGAUUAUGGAUGUGGAUGAGAAGAACCAGGUUUUAACAACCAACAUAUGGUUGCAGUUGUACUGGAAUGACUACUACCUUCAAUGGAACACCUCAGACUAUCCUGGUGUGACAAAUGUGAGGUUUCCUGAUAGCCAAAUAUGGAAGCCAGAUAUUUUACUGUAUAACAGUGCUGAUGAGAGGUUUGAUGCUACUUUCCACACCAAUGUGCUGGUCAACUCCUCCGGGUACUGCCAGUAUCUGCCACCAGGCAUCUUCAAGAGUACCUGCUACAUUGAUGUCCGCUGGUUUCCAUUUGACAUCCAGAGGUGUGACCUCAAGUUUGGCUCAUGGACCUAUGGAGGCUGGUCCCUGGACCUGCAGAUGAUUGAGGCCGAUACCACUGGGUAUAUUGCCAAUGGAGAGUGGGACCUUGUAGAGGUCCCCGGACACAGGAACGAGAGGUUCUAUGACUGCUGCAAGGAGCCGUACCCAGACGUGACCUUCACGGUGGUGAUGAGGAGGCGCACUCUGUACUACGGACUGAAUCUGCUCAUCCCCUGCGUGCUGAUCUCCACCCUGGCCCUGCUGGUCUUCCUCCUGCCUGCAGAUUCUGGGGAGAAGAUCUCCCUGGGAAUCACGGUUCUACUCUCCCUGACUGUCUUCAUGCUCCUGGUGGCAGAGAUUAUGCCAGCAACAUCAGACUCCGUGCCACUAAUCGCUCAGUACUUUGCCACCACCAUGGUCAUCGUGGGUCUCUCUGUGAUUGCAACAGUCCUGGUUUUGCAGUACCACCACCACGAUCCUGACGGGGGCAAAAUGCCAAAAUGGACGCGCAUCAUUUUGCUGAACUGGUGCGCCUGGUUCCUUCGGAUGAAGCGUCCGGGGGAGGAGAGGGUUCGGCUGGCCUGCCAUAACAAGCAGCCACGGGGCAGCUUGUCCAGCGUGGAGCUCAACGCCGGCACGGCACCCCCGCAGUCCACCAACGGCAACAUGCUCUACAUCGGCUUCAGAGGGAUGGAGAGCAUGCACUACACAACCACGCCCGAUUCCGGCGUCAUCUGCAGCCGGCUGGUGGCCACGGGCGAGGAGGAGAUGCUGCUGCCCGGCGCAUCGGCGCCCCCUGCUGGUGGGGGCAGGGACCCCGAGUUAGCCAAGAUCCUGGAGGAGGUGCGCUACAUCGCCAAGCGCUUCCACGACCAGGACGAGGACGAGUCCGUCUGCAACGAGUGGAAGUUUGCUGCCUCCGUCAUCGACAGGCUCUGCCUCAUGGCCUUCUCCCUCUUCACCAUCCUCUGCACCAUCGGCAUCCUCAUGUCCGCCCCCAACUUUGUGGAGGCCAUCUCCAAGGACUUUACUUGAGCCCCUCCCCCUGGCAAUUUCCAUAACCUUCCCAUCCCCCUCACAAAAGAAACACACACACUCUGUCCCUCCACAUUUCCCAGGCCAUUUUUCAAGUGCACUCAUGUAUAUUAAUUGCUUAGAAGUAAUUUGUUCAGGGUACUUAAGACGUUUCUCCCAGUCUGUAGCAGUGUAAAUGUUUUCAUGUGAUGUGAUUGGUGGAUUUUUUGUGUGUCCCAGGUUAGGUAUCAAUCAUGGCACUGUUUAUACAUAUAAUCCAAGUGUGUAGCACCACGUAAUUACUGUAGUUUACUGUGUUUAUUUAUUUUGUUUUCCAAAGGACUUUACAAGUGUCCUGUGAUUUAAUUGAUCUUUUUGAGUUUCAUUAAGGAUGAGGUCUUAUAUCACAUAAACUGAGCAGAAUUUGGUAUUGAACAAUAAAGACAAAAAAGAUUUUAAUUAAGAAAUAUGUUUGAAUCAUUUAUCUGUUAAAAUAUUGGACUCCAGAAUGAAUUCAUUUUCAAAUUCUGUUAUGAAUGGUCCUGCAGAAUGCAAACAAUCAGCUCAUUAUAAACAGCAUUAAAAGCACUGUUAAACAGAGGUGCUCUAACAGCUGUCUAUUUGGACAAAUUCUGAUAAAUAUAAGCCACGUGUGCAUGAAACUAGCUUAUUUAAAACUUACACCUACAACCACUGUUCUUGCUGCGACUAAAGAUUAUCUGCGCUAACCGGAUGGUCAGCUCUGUACUCUUAACACUGAAAGAUUUCUCUCUGCUUGUUCUGAAGCUGAACAUUCCAGUUUGCUGCCUCAUUAUGAAUCAAGGGCCAUGACCAAGGACAGUGGUGGCAGUGCAUGUUCUGUCUUUGGACACAGGGGCACACCCCUUCAUGAAUAUUCAUAAACCCUAAUAUCGACCUGAACUCUCCCAUUACCAGUCAGAACCUUCUAGAAUAUGUAAGUAAAGUGGAUGAAAAGAAUGCAGGAGCUGGCCAAUCUUGUUACUGUACAGAAUCUGUUACCACGUUGUGUAGCCUAUUCACAUAGAAUAGGUUGGGGCAUAGAGAAGAGUUAACACCAUGGACAGCAGAACUGACGCUUGCAACACCAGAGUCCAGAACCAGCAAUACACAAAACUACAUGCGCACAUACACGCACAGAGUGCAGAACUCACAGCGCCUACCGAGUUCCCCCUACACAGGACCACACACACAUGUACAGAAGCCUGACACUACUGAGCUCACCCUACCUAAUUCUACACAGAAAGGCACAAGCAGACACACACACACACAAACACAAACACAUACUAGAAAAAAGGUCAUGUUAUGUACCCGUGAAUUUCAGCCUCCUCACCCUUGUGUAAAAGAAAUAUAGAAGUCUGAUAUGUUCUUGGUGUGUUUUGUGAAAUACAAAGUUUU